UGAAGGUGUGUAGUAAUGGCAGACAGUGUGGAAUCGGCCCCAGCGGCAGCAAAUCCUUCGCAGGCUAUACAAAAGAAGGCCAAGGCUUCUGCGAAGAAACCUCGUACGAAACCAGUGCAUCCACCUACGUCUGAAAUGGUAGGAAAUGCUAUCAGGAGCUUGAAAGAAAGAAGUGGGUCCUCAUUGCAGGCGAUCAAGAAGUACAUAACGGCGACCUACAAAGUUGAUUCCGAGAAGUUGUCUCCGUUUAUUAAGAAGUACCUGAAAACUGCAGUUGCUUCUGGUGAAUUGGUGCAGACUAAGGGCAAGGGAGCGUCUGGGUCGUUCAGGCUCGCAGCCGCCAAGCCAGAGAAGGCUGCUGUUUCUGUUGCGCCGGCGCGUGGCAGUAAACGUUCCUCAGGACCAAAGGAGAAGAAGAAGCCUGUAAAGUCGAAACCGAAAACUCCCAAGAAGGUGUCAGUGAAAAAAGUUCCGGAGAAGAAGAGGACGUCUCCUGGCAAAGGCAAGAAACUGCCAUCCAAGGCUAAGAAGGUUGCCAAGGUGCCAACGAAGAAGCCCAAGGCUCCGCGACCAAAGACUGCAGCUAAGUCGAAGGCACCGAAAAAAUCUAGCCCUAGGAAGAAGUGAGGUUAUUCAACGGAAGGAUGUAGUUGAGGUACAAUAGGUAA